GAGCCCGGCUCCCCUGGAGCUCAUUCACAGGGAACGUUCCCUCGCCCUUCUCCUGCAGUCAACACCACAGCCCAAACGCCCACCACACGGGCUGCUGCAAGCUCAUCUAUCGCUUCCUCAGCAGGAACAAGCUUGGGACUUGCCGUUACGCCCUAAUUUGCAAAGCGGAUUCUCGUCGAGAGUCGAUUUGAAACCGGCGAUCUGGCCACCCGCGAGGAUACCGCCAGAGAAGAAGAGCGACAACAACAUCCGAGGGCCGCAACAUGGAGGCGGCUUCGGCGCGGUACGCCGCGAGAGACCGCUGGGGUGAGAUGGGCACCCCGGCACCGUCCCAGUUGCAGCGCUUCAUCCAAGCUGCCUGCAGCCCCGAGAACUACGAGCCGAAUCUUGCCCUGAACCUCGAGAUCGCCGACCUAAUCAAUGCCAAGAAGGGUUCGGCCCCGCGCGAAGCGGCCGUCGCCAUCGUCAACUACAUCAACCACCGCAACCCCAACGUCGCCCUGCUCGCCCUCAACCUGCUCGACAUCUGCGUCAAGAACUGCGGCUACCCCUUCCACCUGCAGAUCAGCACCAAGGAGUUCCUCAACGAGCUGGUGCGCCGCUUUCCCGAACGGCCCCCCGUCCGCCCCUCGCGCGUCCAGCUCAAAAUCCUCGAGACCAUUGAAGAAUGGCGCAGCACCAUCUGCGAGACAAGCCGGUACAGGGAGGACCUGGGCUUCAUCCGCGACAUGCACCGUCUGCUGAGCUACAAGGGGUACACCUUCCCCGAGGUCAGGCGGGAGGAUGCUGCUGUGCUGAACCCGAGCGAUAAUCUGAAAUCGGCCGAGGAGAUGGAGGAAGAGGAGCGCGAGGCCCAAUCGGCGAAGCUGCAGGAGCUCAUCAGGAGGGGCACUCCGGAGGACCUGAGGGAAGCCAACCAGCUGAUGAAGGUCAUGGCCGGAUACGACACCAGGUCAAAGGUUGAUUAUCGCGCCAAGGCCGCCGAGGAGGUUGGCAAGAUCCAGCAGAAGGCGCGGCUACUCGAGGAGAGGUUAGAAGCGUUCAAACCGGGUGACAAGAUGGUGGAUGGCGAUGUCUUUUCGGAGCUCGCAGCAGCACUGUCGAGUGCCCAGCCAAAGAUCCAAAAGAUGUGCGAGGAGGAAUCCGACGACCACGAGGCGGUGGCUAAGCUGCUCGAGAUCAACGACAGCAUACACCGGACAGUUGAGCGGUACAAGCUACUCAAAAAGGGCGAUAUCGAGGGGGCACAGAAAGUAGCCAAGGGCAAUCCAGUCUCGACGACCGGCGGAAAGAGCACAGCCAACGAGCUCUCCUUGAUAGACCUUGACGAUACAGAUGCAAACGGCGCGGCUGCUUCACAAGCAGCUCCCCAGACGGCGGGGGUUGAGAACGACCUUCUAGGUCUCUCAAUAGCUGACACAAGCAGCUAUGGACAAGCGGGCGGGAUUGCGCUGGGAUUUGGCGCCAACACCAACGUGCCUGGCCCGGCAUUGCUUUCCUCCGUCAUACAAGGAAACAGCGCCAAGGGACAAGUCCCCGUAUCCGCACCAUCCCCAGCUCCAUUUUCCAAUUUCUCCUCCUUCACUUCUGCUCCAGGAUCCCAAUCAGCCACCCCACAGCCGCCUCAAAGAUCCUCAGCCUUCUCGCCACCAACGCAGUCAACGCCAGCUGCGGACCCGUUUGCGGCACUGGCAUCUCUGUCCCCACAGCAACCCGCAGCCGCCACUCAGCCGGCAGCUGCUGCAACCAACGACGACGACGAGUGGAACUUCUCCUCGGCGCUUCCUCCAGAGAUCACCCCACAAGUACCCAAGGAGCACAGGGCGGUCGUCAGCAACACUAGUCUGAAGAUCGACAUGGUCGCCAACCGGCAACUCAGCACGGACCCGUCCAUCGGCCUGGUAUUUGCCUUCACAAACAACACGGCACAGCACAUCUCGGAACUUCAUUUCCAGCUGGCUGUGACAAAGGGCUACGAGCUGCAGCUGAAACCGCAGUCGGGCAGGACGCUGGCGCCCAAGCAGAGCCGGGGCGUGACGCAAUCAAUGCAUGUAUGUCAUGCCGGCGCCAGGGACAAGAGGGUCGAGACUAUCAAGCUCAGGUGGCGGGUGUCAUACAAGGUUGGGGGUGAGCUGCGGCAGGAGAUGGGCGAGAUACCGGAGUUUAGCGUGGCAUAAUAGUGAUUGAGGCCAUGAAGCGGGGGUGUUGUUGGUUGGAAUGAUGGUGUGGCAUUCACUUAGGUGUGGGCAAAUGGUUGUAUGGGAGGUGAAGCAGCAUUGGUCCUUGCUGGAAAGUUGAUAUCUCAAGCCCUGUCCAUAUGAGAUGGAAAGUGUCCAUCCCACGGCAACGGGCAUUGUGACAACCUUGAAGCGACCUAUAGCCCAGGGUUUUGUACAGAUGUGUGCGUUCACUGCCGCCGUCUUCCUCCAGUGAGUCAGCCACCGACCUCAGCUUUCCUCAUCGAAGCCUCUGGUUGGGACUUCAGCAACC